CAGAAAGACAGAGUCGCUUAAAAAACGCGUUAAGGAUAUACCCAAUAAAAAUCACCCCAGGCGCUCAUAGGAAACAGCUAAAGACAUGGCAAUGAGAGCACUCAUCUUUCUGGCCCUCGCCGCUCUGGUGGCCGGCGAAGGUCUCCGCCUUCCGGACCAGCAGUCGUCCAACAACAUUCAGCAAGUCUACGCCCCGCAGCCAGCAGUGCAGCCGAUCCAGCAGCCACAACAGUUCCCACAGGCACAGCAGCCAGGAGUGGGCGAGGAACGGGGACGCUCCUCCCUGCUUAGCAUCUUCGGCCUGGGCAACGACAACGAUCCCUUCCUGGCCAGGACGAAUAGCAACUGCCUCGGCGGCGACCUCUCCGCGUGCUUCAAGACCCAGGCGCUCAACACCUUCGACGAGAUCUUCUUCAAGGACCAGUACAAGCUCUCCGACUUUGCCCGCGUUGUGCGACUCCCAGAAACCCAGCAGAGGUCCUUGCUGCAGGAGCCCUUCGAGUACUCCGAGGAGCCACGUGGCGACGACGAUGAAUGGAAUCAGCUGCUGAAAUAUGGACUCCGAAGGACCGAACGCUUCCUCAAGUCCACGGCUCUGGAGGUCGAGUGGCCAGAGGAACUCACCGAAGCCGGUCGUUAUGAGGCCCGCUUCAUCGGAAACGACAUUGAUGGCGAACUGGACCUCAUUGAUGAUGGACAGCGGGCUGGACAUUUCUCGCGCAAGAAGUUGAAGAAGAUGAUCAUUCCCCUGCUGUUGGUGCUGAAGAUCUUCAAGCUGAAGCUGCUGCUCUUCCUGCCCUUCAUCCUGGGAAUCGCUGGCCUCAAAAAGAUCCUUGGAUUGGCCGCCAUCAUCCUACCCGGUCUGUUUGCCUACUUCAAGUUGUGCCGUCCGCCAGGUGGCGUUGGAGGAGCAUUCGGCGGUGGACUGUCGGGCCUGUUUGGCGGCAAGAACACCUUCCCCGAGUACAAUCCGCAAGGAGUGGGAGCUGCCACCUACUACCACCACCACGAGCACUUUGAGGGCGGCCACGGAGGCGCUCCGGGACCCUACUACCGCCAGGAGCCGAGCUUUGCCAAGCCCUACACCGACUACUAUAGCAAGAGCUACCAGGGUCAGCAGGUACAGGGUCAGCAGGUUGCCGGCAACUCCGUCAGCUUUGGGGAUCCGCAGGAAGCGGCCUACAACGGCUACUACGGUCGUAACUCUGGCAAGGACAUUGUGGCCGAGCAACAGCCUCAGAAGAGCUAACUUCGAGGACUCCAACCACC